AUGGCUGAGACGGAGAAAACGGAAGCGUUUGCCGUUUUAAUUGUUGAAAAGAAAAAUUGGAAUGCCCGAUAUAAAUCACUGGUCAUUGAUCAUGUCGUCAACGAUAAUCAUCAUGAUUUUUUAGAGACUGUCGUUGCUUUACCAUGUAAUCUGUCGAUUGAAACAUCGGUAGUUGAUCAUUUAAAAACAUUAAAACAACCAGAAAUCUUUUCCGUUCUACACAUGCGAGCACGUAAAAAUACAACAAAGUUUCAUGUACAAACAUUAAUCUGCCUAAUGUGCGUUGAUAUCAAUAAAUUACAACAACCCGAUGAAAUUACAUCAUCCUAUCAACACUACCUGUCGAAAACAAUGCAACGACAAUUUCAGAUUUAUGAGGAAAUUAAAUUAACAGAUAUUAUGGUUCGUUUAAAAGUUUUUAUUCAAAAUGAACAAAUUAAAUCACAAGUGGUUGAACAAGACGGUCUGUCUGUGUUAACAACAUGUGCUAACGAUUCUAAAUUUGAUAUGGUAGCUGUUCAACUUCCAUCAUUAGAAGUUAUCUGGGCAAUUGUCUUCAGUUUGCCUGCUGCUCAAUUGCUACGUGAAAAUCUUCUAUUUCUCGAUUAUAUCGACGAAAGCGAAAGAUCAUCCAUUGGUAUUACCGGCUCAAGGAAUCCAGUUUCAGCUACGGGAACGUCAUGUCCACGAAGAUCCAAAGAAAGUGCAAGUACUAUUCAAAGGGAACAGUUUCGGUGUUCCAAAUGA